UAGUCAGGUCUCGAUAUUUAGCUAAUAAUAUUGUUUUAAGUCAUUUACAGGAGUUAUAAGUGAAAUCCGUUCACCCGGAGAACUAAUGGCUAAAUGGCGCGUGCAAUUAGUUUGCAUCUGUGGGCUGGAAAACCAAAGAAUUUUCUUUGCUUCUUCAAGCAUGUGAGCCGCACAAGGGGGUAAAGAUGGUGAAACGUGGUUUCCUUACAGCCACACUUCAUUAGAGGAAUGUUCAAGCAUCGAGCAGAUUCUAUUUGCAUUUCAGGCAACUGCAAACAAUUAGGUUAGAAGAGAAAUGGUAAUCAUGUCACAUAUUCAGGGUUCCAAGAGAGAAAUUAAUGACAAGGGAAAUUAUCAUCACUGGAUCUAUGGGAAUUUAAGCUACGAAAUUGGUGUUGGUGAAUGGUAGCUGCAUACAGUUCUUGAGAUGAGGAUGAAGAUGAUUUGAUGAUAACAGAUUUGGUGAGUUGAAUCUGUUGGUACUCACAAUGGAAUUGCCUGAGAUAGUGGUCAAAUUGGUGGAAGAGAUUAACGGUAGCAGGAGACGAAAUUGGCUGAAUCGUUGAUGUUUACACAACAACAUCGAUUGAUGGUUUGAGUUCGAUUGCACAACAAAGAAAGGGUCAGCAACAUCAUCGAAAUUGAGAAGGCUUGAUACAGAUCUGAAUUCAUUCUACAAAAACGAAGUUAGGUUAUAAUGGUGGUUGUGCACGAGAAGUUAAGCAAUAGAUUUUGGGGAUCUCUGGAAAUGGUACGGGCCGAAAUUGGGGUUCUCAGAGUUGACUGCCAGAUUUGGUGAGAUAGUUUAUUAAGAGUUAGGGAAUGUUCUCGAAUACCAAAUCAAUGUUGCUGCUAUUUGUUAAUGGCUGUAAGUGAUGGGGUUAAUGGUGCUUUUUGAAUUCAAGAAAGACGUGAAGCUGGGAAGACUAGUAAUGGUGCUCUAGGGGUUUAUUUUGGCAGCAACAAGACAGGAAGUUGGUUGUUCUUGAUGGAUGAUUCAAUGGAACACAGUGAUGAUGUUAUAGUACCUCGAAUGAGUUUGUUUUACUGGUGGUGAUUGAAUUGAGUAUAGCUGGUUAUUAUGAACUCUGAGUUGCGUUGGUUGUUGCACAGCAAAAUGGAAUUGGGGUUUAGUUCGGCAACAGGAAAUGGAUUGAGUUGGUUUAUAUGUGGCUGUGUAAUCGACUGAAAUUGAAGAAGUUAAGUGUCCGUUACAGGCAGCAGAAAUAGUGAACUUUGGUUGAUGUUUACAUUGACUGAAUUGUGACGAAUUACAGGAAGAGAGCUGUUUCUAUCGAGUCAAAUACAGGAGUAAGAUAGGAUUAAGAUUUGGCGACAUUAGGAGUUGGAUACGAAGAAGGAAGCAGGUGCUACUGUUUCAGUUGUGAGUAGGUUGAAAUAUCGUCGAAAUAACGCAACUUCGGUAACAUUGUAUCUGUCUCUUGUUUUCUUUUUUUAGUAUCAUCUUGUUACUGUUUGUGUUCUUCCUGAUUUUGCAAGUGCAUGCAAUAUUCUAGGUCUGGUCAUUUUAAUCGACUGCGUAACUAUCACCGUUUUACUAAUAGGGUAUUAAAGAAUCACCAUAGUCAUCCAAUGGAAGGUGAAGCUGAGAGUUCUAGCGGCUUCAGCCUCAGCCAAUGCUAAUGGACCUAGAACCCUUAGGUAUUAUUAGCAGCCGGAAAAGACUUCAACACCCUCCUAUAUAGUUCUUCCGGCUAAUGCUGGCAAUGUGUCGAUAAAAUAUGGGUAUAUACAAGCACAACCUAAGUUUCAUGGGUUGGACUCAAAAAGUCCAUAUAUACAUUUGAAAGAUUUUGACGAGGUCUGUGCAACUAUGCCUUUUGUUGCUGCGGCUCAAGAUGUGCUGAAACUGAAAUUGUUUCCAUUUUCUCUAAAGGAGAAAGCCAAGACUUGGCUGCAUUCUUUACGACCAAAUACCAUUAGGACGUGGAAUGAAAUGACUAGGGAGUUUUUGAAAAAGUUUUUUCCGGUACAUAAAACCAUCACUCUUAGGAAAUAUAUCAUGGAUUUUUCUCAAAAGGAAAAUGAGCCGUUUUUCGAGUGUUGGGAAAGAUUUAAAGACUUGAUUUCUAGAUUCCCUCAUCAUGGUUAUGAAAUUUGGAGAGUAAUUAAUUUCUUUUAUGAUGGUUUGAAUUCAUGUAUGCGUCAGUUUGUUGAAAUGAUGUGUAAUGGGAAAUUUCUGAAUAAGUCACCUGAUGAUGCUUGGACUUACUUCGAUUCGCUAGCAGAAAAAGCCCAAAAGUUGGGACACUUCAGGCACAACGGAUGGAAAUAAGUCCAAACCUUUAUCUAGUUCUAUGCCUGGAAUGUAUGUGUUGAAAUGAAGAACAUGACUUGAAUGCUAAGAUUGCUAGUUUGCAUAGAAAAGCUAAUGCGAUUCAGAGACCAAAUGUAGUUAAGGUAGCUGACCCGGUUGAACAUGCUUGUGGUAUUUGCGAAAGUCUGGAACACUACACUAAGGAUUGUCCUACAAUUCCAGCAUUUCAGAAAGUGUUACAUGACCAAGCGAAUUCCAUGGAUACUUAUAAAAGACCGUUUAGCUCCCCAUAUUCAGAAACGUACACUCCAAAUUGGCGAAACCAUCCUUAUUUUAGUUGGAGGAAUGGUCCUACAGUGAAUGGUGUUAAUGUUCCCCAAGGGUCUUCAUCUAGUAACCCUUAUGUGCCACCUCAUAAGAAUAAUCUUGAGGAUACUUUACAAACUUUUAUGCAGGGACAGACACAUAUAAAUCAGAAUGUUAUGAAGAUUUUAGAUGAGCUGAAAACUAGCAUAGUUAGAAUUGAAUCACAUCUUAAUGUUAGGGAGAAAUGGGCAUUGCCUGCCCAAACUCAACCUAACCCCAAAGGCACAUUUGAAGUUAAAAAUUCUAACUUGGAGCAAGCUAAUGCUGUCACGACUCUUAGAAGUGCUAAGGUGAUAGAGACUCCAAUGAAGGUAAACGAACUUGAGAAGUCUCCAAAACCCAAGGGCGGUGACUGUCAUAGUGAUACUGAAAAUGAAAAUUUUGAUGUUGAUAAGAAAAUGCAUGCUCCAUUUCUUCAUCGUUUGUUAUCUACUAAACCAUUGGCUGAUAAUAAGGAUAUUCUUGAUGUUUUUCAGCAGGUGAAGAUCAAUAUACCUCUCUUGCGUGUGAUUAAGCAAUUUCCAUCCUACGCCAAGUUCUUGAAGUAUCUUUGCACGGUCAAGAGGAAGCACAAUGUGCAGGAAAAAGCAUUUCUCACGGAACAAGUAAGUUCUAUUCUUAAAUACAAUACUCCUCCCAAAUAUAAAGAUCCGGGAUACCCUACUAUUUCUUGUAUAAUAGGGGAUUUCAUGAUCAAACAAGCACUUCUGGAUUUGGGAUCUAGUGUAAACCUCCUACCGUUCUCGGUUUAUGAGCAGUUGGGUUUAGGUGAAUUAAAACCCACCUCUGUCACUUUACAACUUGCGGAAAGGUCCGUCAAAGCACCAAAAGGGAUAGUUGAGAAUGUGGUAAUUCAAAUUGAUAAAUUUUACUAUCAUGUUGAUUUUAUCUUUUUGGCUUCACUUGGAAUAGUGUUAUAUCUAGUGCUGCACUUUGAUUCUUUUAUCUAAACUAUCUUAAGACCCAGUUCAGCUUA